AUGAACGUGUUUAAUUAUGGUUUAUUUUUAACCGUAUUCAGUUGGCCAUAUACGAACUUUCAAACUUCAUUAAAAAAUGUCAUCAGGAGUUACAGAAUACGCGCAUUGGAUGUUAUAGGUGGGUAUCCAAGUUUUUUGAUGAAUAUCUACGCAUGUUAUAAUCACAGUAACAGUGAUUGUGCUUUAAACUAUUUGAGAAGAGGUAUAACUCCGUUUCGAACUCUAUCAACUGUUCUCGAUCAUAGUCCAUUCAUAACAGGAGAAUCAGACUUUAUUUUCAGGAUUGCACAAUCUGUAAAUUCAACAACUACUUUUUUGGAUUGUACAAAAAAGCAAAAUGAAAAACAGAACUUUGGAGAAAUAGCAGUAAGAAUUUCAAGAAAAUACCCAAAUAAUUAUGUUUAUGGUGAUGAGAUACGUACGAAUGGUGAACUUUCGGUCUUGAAACCAGUUUUAGAUGAGGCGGGGUUUUGCGUUCAAUCAUAUCAACAACAUAUAAUGUUCCAGAUUAACUAUACUGCUAGCUGUCGAUGGCACUUUGAUAUGUUGGAGGGCUGCAAUACCAAUAACCUCGUGAAAUUUCUUUUUCAUCAAAUAAACAGCACUGCAGUUUGUGACCGAAGCGGGGCAGAAUGUGUUAUACCGAUCUUGAGAGACAAAGCUACAAAAUCAAGUAACCACAAAUGUGAUUACUACACCACAAUGAGAGUUCGCUUAGCUACUCAUCAAGGAAGCAUCACUGGGUUGCUGAUUGAGUUAGCACCAUCUUCAAGCACAUGUCGCAGUGAUUACUGCCUUCUAACAAGUGAGAUAACAUUCCAUGAAGUUACACAGCAGCACAUAAUUAAAGGAAGAAUGUCAAGCUUAUCGGCAUUAUGUUUUUUAAGAUAUGAUAACAGUGAAGGUCGUUUCCGAUGUCCAUCAGAAGUAACAUGUCUCAACGAGCUCUUUUAUCUCUUGCAUAUUUUGGACCCUGGAGCAUUUUCAACACAGUUUUUGUCUUUGGUACUCCUUUUCUUGUCAUUUCUCAUUACAUGUGUCUUUGCAAGAUGCUGAAG